GUGGCCGCAUGUUUGAUGACCCCACCCUCAUCAGCGCUCGUCACUCACGUACACCUGCCGCCGAAAUCUGCAAAAAAUCUCGACCACAACGUUGGAAGUGUUCUGUAAUAUCUAAUAACGUGUAUGGAACGCGCUCGGACAGCUAGCUACGCUGCUCCCGUUUCCCGCAGACAUGCUCACUUCUGUGCGCUGCGUGCUAACCAAGCUAGUUUCUUCGAUUUGGAGAACAGCUGAUGCAGGUGGAGACAACAUCUUCACGGAAAGCCCUGGCACAGAGGACAUCCGCCAUCUGCGGGGCAGCGUGGUGACGCAGCUGUGUUUGGACUACGGGAUGAUAGACGAUGCCAUAUACUUCACAAGCAGUGAGGUUUUGGGCGGAAUUCAACUAAAAGAGGGAGACCAGGUGAACUGCAUCGCAAUCAGAGAUGGUGCUGAGAAAGGAUGGAAAGCUCUGAGGGUGGAGAAAAGUGCAGAUGCCUGGGAAGACGGAGGGAGGACUUCCUUAGAAGCAGACAGCAUGCAGCUGCGCCCCCUCAUAGGAACCGUGACGUCCUUUGAUGGCGAUAGUGGCUACAUCAAUCAGACCACAUACUUCACACGCUACAGCCUUUCAGAAGGUUAUGAACCAAUGAAAGGUGACUGGAUUCAAGCUAAGUUUUACAUCAACCCCACCCAGUGGACCACCCAAGCUCAUUCUGUGGCUCCAUUACGCUAUAGUCGCCUAAACCAGGUGCGAGUGACUAGUGUGUAUGGGAACAGCGGCGUGGUGGAGGACAGUGUUUUCUUUAGCUUGGACUCUCUGCUCCUGCCAGCCGAAUACAAGCCUUCACCAGGGGAUCUGGUCAACUUGGUGAUGGUGGAGAGCUGUCAGUCCUUCUACUCCUGGAGAGCCCUCUGCAUUGCGCCCUGCCGUCAGAGUAUGAAUUUUGCUGCUGAGCCUCUCCUGGAGGCCGAGUUGAAUCACCUCUUGGAAAACAAAGGCGGGAUCGACGUAUCAGACUACGGACAAUUUGGGGACCUGAUGCUGGGGGAGAGAUGUGAGCUGGUGCUGUGGAUACAAAAUAAUGGCUCCGAGUCUCAAACACUGAAGUGCUGCGACUUUGCUGGGUGGGACUCUGCAGAGCAGUUUACCGUGGUUACCGUCAGCACGGCACCCAACCAGAGACAGAAACCUGUUCACAAAAAUUUCCCAGAGUCCUCAGAGGAACAAGUCGGAGAUGCAAAGAAAGUAAAGAGAGAAAAUGGUGCAAUGCAGACAGACGCAGACCUACCUCACGACGCAAGAAAGGAGAGAGAGGUGGAAAUAUCCCCAGGAGAAAGAGUGUCUGUUGUUAUCGCCUGCAAAGCAAAGAGCCUUGGAUGCUGCACUGAGCUACUGUUGCUGCACUUCUCUUCUUUCACCAUUGGGAGGCGUCUUCUGGUCACAGUGGGUAGUGAGGAUGAAAACCUGCUGAAGCCCUCUGAGGUUUAUUGUCCCAGUAAUGCCAAGGUGCUCUCAAAAGCCCCCUCCCACGUUGUCACCGUCUCAGCUCCAAAAGUUUUGCCGAGGCUCAGUAAGCGACGGUUGCCAAACUUCCUGCCAAGCUUUCCGGUGCCGAAGGCUCUGAGAGACUGUGUGGAGUCGGGGAAGGAUGUGCUGGCUGUUCAGCCAUGCUUAGGAGAGGCUCUCUCACCGUCCAACAUGUUUUCAAGAUUCUCGACCCUCCUGUGGCUCGAAGAGCUGAACGCAGAAAAGGAAUUAAGGGAGUUCUCCAUCAGUGGAGCGCUCCUGCGCAAAGGAGGCGUCUACCUGCACCUCGAGGUGCUUGGCCUGGCUGAAGGCAGACCUAAUCUUAACAUAGGAGACAGAGUUUUACUGAAGAAGCUACAGAGCGACGGUUUGGAGAUGGAGUACAUCAGCUACGUCACCGAGAUCAAUGACGAGAACGUGAGUUUGAGAGUGAAUUCAAACUUUCACCACAGCUACCUCGGCGAGCCUCUUGACGUCGAGUUCACCUACAACAGGUUAACCAUAAGGCGAUGUCACAAUGCUCUUGAGCUGACGAAGCAUUUUGGGGAGAUUCUCUUCCCCUCCAGAGUGUCGCCUCAAACCCACCUGUGGACUGGAGAAUGGAUGGACGAGAAUCCACCAGUGGAAAAUGGAGACGCGUCGAAACCGUGUGUCGAUAUAAAGUCAAAGGCCAAACAGACUAAAGGCAAAGGAAAACAAACCUCCAAACCAAUGCCCAGCAAAGGGCAGUUUUUUAACCCAGACCUUAACCCCUGUCAGAAGGAGGCAGUGAAGAGGGUCCUGGAGGCAGAAUGUCGCCCUCUUCCUUACGUGCUGUUUGGACCUCCAGGAACCGGGAAGACCAUCACUCUUAUUGAAAUCAUACUGCAGGUCUACCACUUCCUGCCCAGCAGUCGGGUGCUUGUCUGCACGCCGUCCAACAGCGCCGCUGACCUCAUCUGCGUGCGUCUGCAUCACAGCGGCUUUCUGCAUGCCGCUAGCCUGGCCCGUGUUAACGCCUCCUCUAGGGAGACUGAGUCUCUUCCCGAAGUGCUGCAGCCGUACUCCCGGGCUGGAGAAGACAUCCGUCACGCUGCUUUCCAUAGGAUUGUCGUCAGCACCUGCUCCAGUGCUGGCAUGUUCCAUAAUAUUGGAAUACAAGAGGGACAUUUUACUCAUGUGUUUCUGGAUGAAGCUGGCCAAGCCACUGAGCCCGAGUCUCUGAUCCCCAUCAGCUUCGUCUCAGAGAGAGAUGGACAGAUAGUGCUGGCUGGAGACCCCUGCCAACUGGGUCCCAUAGUGAAGUCCAACCUUGCCAAUGCCUUUGGGUUGGGCAUGUCUUUACUGGAGAGGCUGAUGACCAACCCACUAUACACCAAACAGGACUGGGGAUAUAAUCCUAAACUGGUGACCAAGUUAAUCUACAACUACCGUUCCCAUGAGGCGCUGCUGAUGCUGCCCUCCAAGCUCUUCUACCUGGGGGAGCUAUGCUUCAAGGCUCAGAGGGAGAUCGUGGACUCCCUCUGCCAGUGGAAAAACCUGCCCAAAAAAGACUUCCCCCUCUUUUUCCACGGUGUUAGGGGCACAGAAAUGAGGGAAGGAAACAACCCGUCAUGGUUCAACCCAGUAGAGGCUGUGCAGGUGAUGCUCUACUGCUGCCAGCUGGCAAAGAAGCUCUACAACCCCGUGCACCCCUCUGACAUCGGCAUCAUCGCCCCCUACAGGAAGCAAUGUGAGAAGAUUCGAGUGCUGCUGGGUAAGGUGGGCUUGUCUGACAUCAAAGUGGGCUCAGUGGAGGAGUUCCAGGGACAAGAGUUUCUGGUCAUCAUCUUGUCGACGGUGCGCUCUAGUGAAUCAGUGGAAAGCGAGGAUUUGCAGAGUUCGCUUGGUUUUCUGGCCAAUCCGAAACGCUUCAACGUGGCCAUCACCCGACCCAAAGCUCUGCUCAUAAUUGUUGGAGACCCCCACACUCUCAUCAGGGAUCCCUGCUUCAGGGCUCUGCUGCAGUACUGUUUCAGCAAUGGGGCGUAUCUGGGCUGCGACCCUCCGCAGGCCCUACGGACUUCCCAGAUCAUUUCAGAGAACCAGUGAAGAGCGUAAAAAGGACAUGGUGUCACUGAUUCUGCUACAUUUUUUUUUUCUAUUUCCUUUAUAUACUUUUGGCUUUUUCUGUGUUGACUGUUCUUAAACUUGGGAUUACCUCAUAACUGAUUAAGGGAAAACAUUUAGAUUUUGUAAGAGAAAGAUCCCUGCAAUUAAAAAAUUUAAGAUUAUGUC